UGGGGCUGUCCCUUUAUUUGAAUAUACAGUAGUUGAGCGGUGGUGGAGUCGGGUUGCGUCGGAUGUUUUUCGCCUUGUGUGCCGAACCCAGCGGGACGUGGUGGUUGCGUUCGUCGUCAAUGCCCAUCACCCAGGCCUGUAUUUAACAUUUUGAAUGAUAGCACUCAGCUAGUCCAGGCGUUUUCUCUCGCCGCAUGCACACACACACACACACAGACGGGAGACUGCUCUGCUCGCAACCGACAACAUGGACUUGCACAUACUGGACCACAGGCUCCGGGUCACCAGCAUAUCCAAGAAUGGGCUGGUGAAUUUCACACACCCCCUGAUUAAACUGAUAUUCCUCCGGAACAGGACACGGUGUAAGUUUUUCAGUCUGACGGAGACGCCAGAGAACUACACAGUUGUCCUCGACGAGGAAGGAUUCAAAGAGCUCCAGCCCUCAGAGCAUCUCAAGGUAGAGGGCUCCAUCUGGCUGCCGCUCAAUGUGGUCUCCAACGGCAACGCCUCCAGCAGCUCUCAAGCAGUGGGUGUGACCAAGAUCGCCAAGUCGGUCAUCGCCCCUCUGGCCCAGCAGCACGUCUCCGUCUUCAUGCUAUCCACUUAUCAGACCGAUUUUAUCCUGGUGAAAGAGAAAGACCUGUCUGUAGUCAUCAGCACUCUGGAGGAGGAGUUCAAUAUUUACAAGGAGGUGGGAGGAGAGUCUGUCCCCAUGCAUUGUCUGGAUGUGUCCAACGGCCUCCAGAAGAACGGCAAAGAAGCCAUCCAGCCCACAGUCCACCCGGUGCUGAUCCCACAGAACCAAUUCUGUGUCAUGUCUCUUGACCCGGACACACUGCCGUCCAUCGCCACCACGCUCAUCGACGUCCUCUUUUACUCCAACAGUCCUAAAGAGGACGCACAGUCGUCCCCCAGCCAGGACUUGGACUGUAUCAAGUUCUUCUCCUUCUCCCUCAUUGAUGGCUACAUCUCACUGGUGAUGGACACCGAGGCUCAGAGACAGUUUCCCGCUGAUCUUCUCUUCACCAGUUCCUCUGGGGAGCUGUGGAGGAUGGUUCGUAUAGGGGGACAGCCGCUGGGCUUUGAUGAGUGUGGUAUAGUUGCCCAGAUUUCUCAGCCUCUGGCUGACAGCGACAUCUCUGCCUAUUACAUAAGCACCUUCAGCUUUGACCACGCUCUGGUCCCUGAGGAGGACAUAGUUAGUGUGACGGACAUGCUCCAGCAUCAGAGGAAAGAACCAGCCACGAGUUGAUUCCUGAAGCCCUGUCUGAGCUGGAUGAUCCUGGAUCAAUGUGCCACCCCUCACUCCAGCUUCGGUAGCCAGGGGUGGCAGGCCAGCAGGAAGAGAGGCUAACCCCGUGCCUAGACUAGCACUGCAUCGCCAGCAGUAUUAACUCCUACGAACUUGCCAUGACCACCAGAAGCGCUUCUCUACGGUGUGCACAUGCAGUUUGUCUGUGAGGCCUCCUGUCUUUCCUCUUCUAAGGCAGGAUGCACUGAACCGCAGGAGGCUUACAGGCUCACACAUGCACAUCAAAAUGCACAGUCAGUCCUAAACACAGACACACACAUUUGCACAAGCACAAAAUCAGACAGAUGAACAUACAUGAACUCUCAAGGUUUGGUCUGAAGUUGAGCUGUUCAGAUGAAACAUGCAUUUUACACAACUUAAACACAAAACUUAGUCUUCCGGCAAAGUUCAUAUCAUAAUGCCAUGAGUCUAAAACAUUUUUUUUUUUUUUUUUAAAUCAAAGGCCAUUUGCAAGAAUAGCAGUUUCCCUUUUUUGUGAAACUAAAAGAGUGAAGCUUGAAAUGAAGGGCAGUUCGGAGAAUGUCGAUCUUAUUUUCAUGCAAAAGUGAAAUGAGAAUUUCUGUUUUUUUGACAAUGGGGCUCACUCGUUUUUGGUUUGAAAUAAAUGCGCUGGUAGUACUUAUAUAUUUAAACUACUACAAAUGCUGUCAAGCAGGACAGUAGGCUUGGUGAGUGUUGUUUUUAAGAGGUCAUUAUUUCUUAACCAUAGUAUUACCCAAGGUCAAUAACACUAUGUCUUACUUUUUUGUUAUUUGCACAAUAAACUUUUACUUUAGGUAACGUCACUUAGAUGUUUUCUUUGGUACAACUACAUUUUGUAAAAUUUGAAGUAAAAAAUUAUUCUGUAAACGUUUGUAAUUUUUGCUGCUUCAUUCAAUAAAGACCACUGAGAAUAGGUA